GCUCAUCACCGUUCACAUUCUCGUCGUCAUCAAAAUCGUCACCAUCAUCAUCAUCUUCGCCAUCCCCAUUUGCUUGACCUCAAUUCGCCAUGCCUCUCCCACGCACUCCCCCAGAAAAGGGCAACGCUCCAAAACGCCCUCACACGUUCGGCCCCUACCAGGCUUUCCCCGACGGCACUCCUCUCCCACCCACUCUCGAUACGCCCAGCAUACCAUACCCCUCAUCUCAGUCAGACCCCACCCCUACACGCGUGUCCUCCAAGCCGACUAUGCUCAUACCGCCACCAGGUCUCCAACCCCUAGCGGAAGGGGACACUCUGGAGGAGAUGGAGAUUGAUGGCGGGUUACACGCUGACGCUGAAGAGGAGCCAGGCGAGAAAGGCAUGGAUAUCGACGAGCCGGCCUCAUUAGCAUCCAAGCCCUCUCAAUCAGAUGCGCCUCACGCUUCAUCCGAACCUAAGCCAUCCUCGCGAGCUCCUCGCUCGUCCACUCGCCCAACAUCCCGCCCCUCCUCCUCGCAGACUCAACCUCAGCCCGAUGUCGCUCCUACCACCCCACGCCGCCGAUCCAGGCGAGUGACCGUCAACCCCGAAACGGACUCUCCGGAGACCCUCCGCCCGCCUCCUAACGCUUUCUCCACCCCAAAACCCUCAGAGAUCGAACAUCAGCCCUCACCCAGCAGGCUCACGCGCGCAACAACACCAGCGGGCACGACACGCGAGCAACUUCUCGCCGCCCCCGCAGUGCCGAUAGACGAUGGCGACGAGACCCGGUACGGCCGCUACUAUGAAGCUCUAGUCCGCCCUCUGCGUAUCCAGACGUUGGGGCAAGGCAUCGGGCGCCUCAAGCUUGACGAUAUGGCCCAGUGCUACCCCCUCAUUGCGGCUGAGACUCCCGAUGGUCUGCGCUCGGCGUGGGAGAGCAUGCUUGAGCAAGUGCGCGGGGAGGCUAUGGACGGUGCCUAUUCUCUGUUUGAGGAGUACCGCAUGCGCCACAAGCUUCAGCGCUUUGCCGACACUGUCGACGACGGAUUGAGAUGGAACGAGGAGCACCCGGGCGAGUCUCGACCAGACGCCUGGAGACCUGACCUCACGCCACAGGUGCUGAGUACGGCGUGCAACCUCGGCGUAUACGAUGAGUCGUGGCGCAUGCUGCGCGAGGAAUACCUCUCGCUCACAAAGGAGUGCGGCGAACGCCUGAAGCGCGUGCACGCGAAACGCGAUCAACUCGCAUCCCUGGACAACGGCGUGUCCGACGCGGUGCUCGAGUUGGGCAAGACCAACGCUCUCUUCGAAGGCUUCCCUUCAACAGCCAUGCUCGAGUGGGCUGAAGACGUGGGUGCAGAGUGACUGCACAUUGUUUCCUGUAACUUCAUAAUGCGACAUGUGCUAAUCCGUUC